AUGAAAAUUUCUGAUGAAAAGGGAUCUGCUGGAAAAAAAACAGUGACUCAGAUUGACAAGAAUGGCUAUCCCGACUCCAUAUACAUAAAUGCAGCUAAGAUUUUUCAAGGCAUUCGUACUGAAAAAAGUAAGGGUAGACUCCUGGUGCGGUAUGGCGAGAACUCAGAAUCUCCCAUGAUGGACUUUAAAGAUGAGCAUUCCAAGCGUGUAUCUUAUGAACUGGCUUUCAAUGCUCUAAAAUAUCAAGAUCUUCUUGAAGAAAUGUUGUUAAAUAGUAAAGCUUACCCAUGCUACUCAAUACCAGAUGAGUUAACCAGCUUGCUUGUUGUGAUGCUUUAUGACCUACAAGACCGAAAGUUUAAAAAACGAAAGAUUUUUGCUGAAGAGGGACUUGUAGAAGAAGUUCAGGAAAUAGGGGAUUAUUUAUACAGGUAUAAGACCAAACUUGCAGCUGCACUAGCACGAUGUCGCAUCAAAUACGAUGCUCUUUCAAUUGAAUACUUCGUACCAGAAACCAUAUCGAAGCAGGAAAAAAGGGCUUCUGCUUUACCUGUCUGUUUUUGGAUAAACACAUUGAAAAUCAGCCUUGAAGAUGUUAUCAGAGAUUUGGAGAUGAAGGGACUCAAAAAGGUUGAAUCUGUGUCAGACUUUGACCAUUAUACAUAUGCUGUGGACCAACACUGCCAUGAUGUAUUGGUUUUUCCUUCCUCCCUUAGAGAAGAACUGCUUAAUUUAGAUCUUUUUGCAGAUUGCAAACUCUUACUGCAGGAUAAGUCUCGGAGCCUUGCUGUACAUGCUGCACAGGCGCUGUUGAGUGAAGGUGGUGACGUUAUAGUGGCUCACAUAGGUUCCCAUCUGACCAUUGCACAUAUGUCAGUGCUGACAAAUCACAGCACGUCCAAAAUUUUUGUUUGUGGUGUGAAAUCUUCAGCAAAAGAAGAAGAACUGAAGAACAGUUUCAGUCGUAUGGGAUGUGAAAAUAUUUGGUUGUUACAGGAAGACUUUACUGAGCUUAAACCAACAGACCCAAGACUUGAAAAGGCAAAAGUUAUUUUGCUGCUACCACAAUGCUCUGAACUGGGUGCUGGCAAUCCAAUGGAGCUUAUUUUAAGUGAACACAGAGAUGCAGGAUUGCUACAAGACCUUUUCCAGGGAUUUGUGCGUGAGGAUAAACUCAGAAUUCUUGCUGAGACACAGCUUAAUGAGUUGGUUCAUGCACUGAAAUUUAACAAAGUACAAGCUAUUGUUUACUGCACUUGUUCAAUUUACCCAGAAGAAAAUGAACUUGUAGUGAGAAAAGCACUGGAAUCUGGAGUGGAGGGAGAUAAAGUACGACACAGGCUUAUUCCUUCUGUUUUUUCUACAUGUUCCAAUUCAGAGUCUUCCACUGAAACGUUUUUCAAAAUGGAGCCAUCAGAAAUUUCCAGUGGUUGUUUCCUAGCUGUUAUAGAGAGAGAGAAAGAUAUUUCCAAAAAAGUGCCUGCUAAAGACCUUUUGGCUUCUGCUACAGCAAAAGAACUACUAGAUGGCAUUGUUGAAGAAAAACCAAAAGAAGAGGUGAAAAAGCAGAAAGUAAAACGCAAACGUAAGGCUGCUGCUAGUGAUAAUAAGCCAAAAGCUGCAAAGCUCCUUCACCGCCAAACUGGAGCUAAUGUUAAGGCUGAAGUUCCUGUGUCUAAAGCAGCCAGUAAGAUAAAAGAAAAGCAUGAGUGCCCAAAAAAAGCAGCCAGUGACAUACAAGAAAAGCAUAUGCACCAAAAUAAAGCAGCCAGUAACACACCACAAAAGAAAGUGCACAAAAAAAAAGCAGCCACUAACACACCACAGAAGAAUGUGCAGCGAACAAAAGCAGCCAGUAACACACCACAAAAGAAAGUACACCAGAAAAAAGUAGUCAGUAACAUACAAGAAAAGAACGUGCGCCAAACAAAAGCAGCCAGUAACGUAUCCACGUCUAAAGCAGCCAGUAACACACAGCAAAAGAAGGUGCCCUGAACAGACUGUGUUGGGCUGAAGAAAUCUGUGAACCCUGAUUCACUCCCAGCCCCACUGGAAGUGCCGAAGCCCACAUCUCAUCUGUCACCUCUGCGCAAGGCGCAUGAGACAGACACCUGCUCAAAAGGCACAUGCAGAACAGAACAGGGUUGUAGUGAAGGCCCCAACAAUCACUUGGCCUCCACUGACAACACCAUAUGAAAGGUUGUAAUGAAGCAAACCCAGGGUAUCAACUUAACCUUGCUUCACCUUGACCCUGGAGCACAGGGUCACGUGGUUGGAUAUUUCCACCACCCUGCUCAAAAAUGGUCAAGCCAACUUGGCUGUAUGAACCUUCAGACUCGGCCCUCCCUUUGUAAAGAAGGUAAAGAUUCCUGUAUAUUAAUCAAUACCCUUACAUUACAGUAUAUCUUUAUGCAAAGAUAAUUUGGCCUUCGGAAAGAUAUAUUAUGGGCUAUUUAUGUAGAAAUAUCCAUGUUAGAUAAUAACUUUUAAUCCAGUAAUGACUCUAAAGUGAAUGGAGCUCAGCUGCCUAAGAUAGCUGAUAGACUGUUGGGGGUAGUGAAGUGAAAAAACUAUAGCCUCUUGCUAUACACUUUAAAGUGACAAGUUAAACCAUACAUCCAACCCCCCACAUGUUUUUAACCUGUACAAGUAAUCAGUUUCAAAUUGAUGUUUUUAAAGUGAGACUGAAUUUUUUAAAGUGGAUUUUCUUUACAAGCCCUA